CACCGCUCUACCAUUAUUUGUGUUGCCCCGUAAAUCGAAGAAAAAUAGAGAAGCACCUGCGCGGUAAGCAGUGGAAGGAACCCCCGAUGCCUUCGUCUUUCCUCCCGCAGCAUGCGUCAAAACUACACAUCUUGUCCUCACCGGCAGCAGACGACGGUAAUUGCUCGGGUCACUGGCAGUCCCUACCCCGAAUGCCAAACCUCCAUGCCACCAUCGACGAAAGCGUAUCCUCCGGUGUUUUAGAGUUCCGAUGGCAGCACAACACAAGCGUAGUUGAUCUCAAAUAUUCUUCAAGUAGUGGGUUUCGUUGCAAAGAGGACGAUACAAGGAUCGCAACCGUCUUGACGAAUUCUAAUUCCGACGUCGGACGAAGGAGAAUCGAGCCUCAAAAGUUUAGGAUGCAAAUUGGAUAGCUCAGGUACCAUUCUUGUCAAUUCAAAAAGUUAGAGGAUUAAAUCUGUAAUUUUUCCAGAGAGGUCAUGGUCAACUGUGUUGACUGGAAAAUUACAGUUUUGGUACCUGGUACUUUUAAACUGACAGAAUGUUUAUUUUGGUCAUAACUCGAUCAAUUGACGUCCGAACGAGGAAUCGUCUGCGCAUAUAGACGUGAGAACGGGGAGAAUUUAAUGGAAGCGAUUCAUGUAAUUUAUAGAGCAUAAUCAGAGUUGGUUUCUACGGAUUUGAGGUAGUGUAAAGGGGAUAAAAUCUCUGUCGAGGUCUUUUUAGUUUAUACUUUCGUUUGAAGUUAUUAUUUAGUUAAUUUGUGAGUUAUGCACGUUAUGUGUUUGAGGCAUCCCACCGCCUACUUAAGGUGGAGGCACGCGUUGUGCUAUGUAUGUGAUGUAUGUUUGUAUGUAAGAUGAACCCCCGGGCGGUUGGGCCACUACUGGACGCAGUAGAUGGUCGGAUCACUGCUGGACGGCGAGACGUAACGUAGCAGUUGAUCGAGUAUAUUGGGGUCACUACUGGACGGCGAUACGUAACGCAGUAGUUGACCGGGCAUGGACUGGACGGCGAGACGUAACGCAGUGCCAUUUCCGAAUUUGGGUAUGCAACCGGACAGCGAGACGUAACGCGGUUGGCAUACUAGGAUAGGACACCGGACGACGAGACGUAACGCGGUGGUCCUAGUGUUUUGUGUUGAGUUAAGGAUAGAAGUCGAGAACUUCUAUGAGUUGGUGUUGAAAUAAGAUAUUAAGGAAGCAAAGUAUGAAUGAUGAAAGUGAUAACGACUUUCAUCUAAGGGAAUGAAACGCUAAUAACGUGUUUUAGUAAGGAGAUUUCUUAGGCAAAGACCUUAGGAAGUAACGACGAGACUGACCCCUUCUCACUCACCAGGUUGAGGAUGGGUUAGCGGAAGUGGAUCCCGAGAAGAAGUAAGAUGAGGCAAGCGGCCGUGCCAGUACUGAUGAUGAGAUGUCAAGGAGCUGGGUGAAGAGUUAUAGUUAAAGUUUCAUAGUUAAUUUAUGUUUAUGAUUAUGAGUAUAAAUACUGGAGAUUCAA